ACCACUUACGCGCAUUCUCCGCUCACGAUGGAUGCUCUUAAGACUGAGAUUGCCCACAAGCGCAAGAAUUUGCAGGAGCUGUCUGUGGAGCGGCCAACAAAAUACAUGCGACGCGGUGACAUUGAGCGUUUGAAACAAGGACAAGAACGCAAAGCUAGAGAAGAGAAGGAGGCUAAAGAGCGAGAAGAGAAAGAGAGAAAGGAGAGCGAGAAGCUAGCAAUAUUUAAUGUCAAGGGCAAGAGCCCCCCGCGUUGCACUACUCACUCACCUAAACCGGAAGGACAAGAUUCGGCAUCACUAGACCCUCUAUCCUCUACUACGUUCAACAUCUCCAACGAGGAGUGCAUCCGUCGACUUCGCGCCAAGGGCCAGCCCAUCCGCCUGUUUGGCGAAUCCGACAGGGACCGUCGCUUACGACUUCGCGCUCUUGAGCUCAUCGAAGAGAAAGAACACGAACGACACGGCGGCCAGAACGACUUCAAGAAAGCGCUUGAAGAUGUCGAGAUUCGCGCACAGCAGGAGUUGGCCGAGAAGGAGCAGAAGAAGGAGGGAAGGGAAGGAGGGAAAGACAUCGGCGUGGAAAUCCUUGACUUAAGUCUUGUAAAGACGGAUCCCGACAGGCUCUACCCGGUCAUCUACUAUGCGCUUAAGAGGACGUUAAAGGAAUGGGAGGAGUGGAUGGAUGAGCGGCCAGAGUUGGUGAAGAGAGCAACCCAAGGCAAGCUUGCCGCUGCCACUCAGCGCCAGUCUGCAGAGUACCUCAAGCCACUCUUCAAGCUGCUUCGUUCAAGGUCGCUUCCUGCGGACAUGCUUGCUCGCAUCGCUGAAAUUGUUCACUACAUGCAAAAGCGCCAAUAUCAGAAAGCCAAUGACUCAUACUUGCGCUUGUCCAUCGGCAAUGCCCCUUGGCCAAUCGGAGUAACCAUGGUUGGCAUUCAUGAACGUUCAGCCCGGGAAAAGAUAUCUGCAGAUCAAGUUGCUCAUGUGUUGAAUGAUGAAGUUAGUCGCAAGUAUAUCCAAUCACUCAAAAGGCUCUUGACUUUCUCACAGACUAAAUACCCUCCAAAUGAUGUUACACAGCUCAUGGGCUAGUUAUAUCUCAUUGCUUGAGAUCAUAUUUUUUGACCAGGCCCUUGUCUUACUCAGCUCUAUAUGUUGUAUUCAUACAUAGGAUAUUUCAUGGUUGAC